AUGCGAGUUCUUCUGUUAUUUGGAUUCUGUAUACCAUGGAUUUAUGGACAAGAAAUAAACCGAGAUUAUUCUCCACUUCUGGAUAAGAAUACAUCAGCUGCCAACCCGGGUAUCUAUUUGAGAAUCAUGCCAAACGGGUUAGCUUACUUGAGAGAAGUUGGAAUGAAAGUGAUCAAUGAGCAGAUUCUUAAAUUACAAUUGCCUAAUAUAAGAGAACCGAUUGAGAAUGGAGAGGUUUCAAUUUAUAAUCUUCUAAUGAGUAAGUAUUGGGCUCCACAAGAAUAUUCUUUGGAUAUGUCGGAGCCAAGUACAUUUGCUUGGAGCAUGAGCAAAAUGCAUUUGAGAGCAGCUGGAGACUUUCAAGCAACUCUUAACAGCCCACUUCUGUUGCCAACAGUUCCAAUAACAGGACAUUUUGAGGCUCUUCUAGGACAUAUUAGUUUGUAUAUUACUGUCAAUAUGGAGAGAAAUGCUCAUGGAGCACCUCAAGUAAGAUCAACUGGAUGCAGAAGUUCAAUUGGGUAUGUUGAUUUGAAUGUGAGAAACACUGGAGUUAUCACUGAUUUCUUUAUCAAUGCAUUCAAAGCAUUUUUAAUUGGAAAUUUCAAACCACAAGUCGAACAGAAAAUGUGUAAAAUGAUUGAGUCAAUAAUUGAUAGAGAUAUGAAUAUUCUUCUGUCGAAUAUGCCAUUAAAAAUUCGAAUCAAUGAAAAUAAUCUAGAUAUCAUUGGAGAAACAUUCGGAGUUGCUCCCAAAAAGCAUAAUCGAGCAGGGAAGUUGUCAAGUUUCAGUGCCAAGAAUAUCACUUUAACUCACUUUGUUCAACGACUUCGGGAUAAAGAAUUAGUUUUGGAUUAUCAAAUGUUGACUGCCCCAUUCGUUCAAAAUGGUGCUAUAAAUAUGCUUUCGAAAGGAGAAAUUUCAUUCCGAGGACACGGAGGAACACCAUUCAGUCCACCAAAUAUCAGAAUUCCUGCUCCUCAUGGUGUCCAUAUGAUUGAAUUCUAUGCUAGUGACUAUUUGGCCAAUUCAAUGCUUUAUCAUUCAUACCGUCAAAAGUUCCUCGACGUAACAGUUGGACCUGAAAGUUCUCCACAACUUCAAGGCCUACUAGUUACAACAUGUGGUCCAGCUGGAUUCUGUCUCGGAGAGUUUUUGGGAACACUUGGAGAGCAAUUUCCAGAUAGACAAGUCGAAAUUGAGUUUUUCGCAAAGAAGGCUCCUCUAAUUGUUUUCAUUGAUAAUCGAUCAAGAUUUCGUCUUCACGGUGGACUCAACAUGUAUGUGAGACCUUCUAAACCAACACAAGUGAAACAACAGAUUCUAAAAGCUGACACAACUAUGACAGCCAACGUGAAUUUAUGGAUAAACGGUUCCGUAAUUGUUGGAAAUUCUACUAUCGAGAAUCUCGAUUUCAAGCUUCUCGAAACGAAAAUUAAUGAUGUUGACCAGGACUCAUUUUCUGAUUUGGGUUUAUUCGGUGCAGAAUUUUUGGAGAAACUUUUAACUGAAAUUCUUCAAAUGGGAAUAGCAUUACCAACAAUGCAGGGAGUUAUUUUGAAGAGUCCGAAGUUAACAUUCCAUGAUCGUUAUUUGAAAGUAUCAACAUACUUCAAACUUGAUGAAGAGUACGCUGGCAGUCUAGUUAGAGGAGCAGUCGGGAAGACACUGCGUGGACCACUUCUUUAG